UCAAGAUCAAGGACACAGUCAAAUGCAAAGUAUACUGUAUCCAAGCUGAACUUUGUGGAUUUAGCUGGUUCAGAAAGGCUUGGCAAGUCAAAGUCUGAGGGUAAAACAAAGGAGGAAGCUAUGUACAUCAACAAGUCUUUGUCUUUUCUGGAACAAGUGGUCAUAGCGCUGGCCUCCAGGACCCGCGACCAUGUGCCUUUCCGACAGUCGAAGCUGACCCAUUAUUUAAAAGACUCUAUUGGAGGUGGCUGUGGGACCGUGCUUGUGGCAAACAUGUGGGGGGAGAAGCCUCAGCUGGAGGAAACAGUUUCCACACUGAGGUUUGCUACACGAAUGAUGUGUGUUGCCAGUGAGCCAUGUGUCAACGAGGUCUACGAUCCAGUUCUGCUGGUGAAGAAACUGCAGCAGGAAGUCAAACAUCUGAGAGCUGAGCUGGCCAUGCAUGACACUCUGACAAACCGAAGCCUUGUUUCAUAUGAGCCAUUGUCCGAACAGCAGAGGUAUGACAUACGUGGCCAAGUCAGACGGUAUUUAGCAGGGCAGUUGUCAGAGCUGGAAGUUAUCAAUCUGAGACAGAUCCUGGCCACUUAUGAUGCUUUCAAAGAAAUCUAUUGGUGCUUGGAGAAAGAGAUGGAGGAUUCUCUGAAUGAGAAAUACAUGCUCGUCAACAAAAAUGACCCAGCGGCUAUUUCUGAAGCUAUACAGGUGCCUUUACCAUUUUUUAUUUCUAUCCAGGAAAUCACCUCCUCAGUAGUGGAUGAGCGUAGCAUGGUUGGAGAACUCGAAGGAGGAACAUUUGGUAUUCCUGCAUCUCCUCAGGUCUCCAGGGCAGAUUCUUCGUCCUUUGUCACAUUCAAGCAGAAAGAAAGAGACAAAAGGAAAAUGUCCCAAAGAACUAUGAGCAUCCUGCCCAGCAUAGUUGGCAGAGCUUCUCCAGUGAUGUCUGCAUCACAACUCAAAGCAGAAACACCUCUGUUGUCUUCUGAUAAGAGAGACCUGGAGCGAGACACCGAGCUGGUUUACACACCUGGUAGCUCACUUGGCAAUAUCACAGAGAAGACUCCAAGAACAAGCACACCACCAAGCAGAACUUCUGCUUUUGAAGAGUUCAAGGCCGACAAAGGAAGCGAGAUCAAUCGCAUACUUAUUGAAAAUAAAGAAAUUUUGGUUAACAAGAAGAAGACUUACUCAGAGCUGGCAAACGAGGUCAACAAGUUGAAAUACUCCAUUGAUCAAACCAGAGAGAAACUGGAGCAGCUGAAAGCACAGAGAGAAGCUGAUGGCCCUAUUUUCAACGACGACGGAGAUAUCAUCAUCAGCGAGGCUGAGUACCUGGAGAUCCAGAAGCUGAAAGAACUGAAGACUAGCUACCGGAGCAAGUACGACGAACUUCACAACGUCCGAGCUGAGAUCAUGUACUGUCAGAAACUGGUGGACCAGUGCCGCCUGAGACUCAUACAAG